AUGUUGAGGGAGAUCGUUCUGGCUGGCUUGGUCUCUUGCACCAGUGCCCACAUGAUAUUGAGAGCACCUGCUCCUUUCCAAUUCAGAUUGCCACAAAAAUCAUCUCCCCUCGAGGCAGAUGGCUCUGACUUCCCUUGCAAGAACGCCAUUUAUGACUCAAAGACUCCAAGCAACGAAUUUGCUCAGGGCAGCAAGCAGGCGUUGAAGUUCACUGGCAGUGCUGUUCACGGUGGCGGUUCGUGUCAGGUCUCUAUUACGACUGAUCUGAAGCCCAGCAAAAACUCUGUCUGGAAGGUUAUCAAGUCUAUCGAAGGUGGAUGCCCGGCCAAAAACACGCCCGGCAACUUGGAUGGUCCGGGAGAUGGUUCACUCGUGACUCCCUUUGAAUAUUCUUACACUAUUCCACAGGACCUGGCCGCUGGCAACUACACCCUUGCCUGGACUUGGUUUAACAAGGUUGGCAACCGAGAGAUGUACAUGAACUGUGCUCCCAUUAGCGUCACUGGCUCUGGCGGCUCCAAGGAUGCCUUGUCAGGCCUGCCCGAUAUGUUCGUCGCCAACGUCGGUAACGGCUGUGGGACCUUGCCCAGCACCGACUUGAAAUUCCCCAAUCCAGGAAAGGACGUCGACCAAUUCGGCAAGGAAACCGCAAGUGCUUUGAAGGCACCCACGGGCAAUUGCGCUGCCGCCAGUGGUCCUCAGCCUACUGGUGGUUCUCAGGGGAGUGGUUCUGCUCCUCAGGGUCCUACCUCUGCUCCUCUUCCCUCGUCUUCUGCGGGCGGCGCACCUCCCGCAGACCCUAGCGGGAUGGUUCCUGGAGGAGUUUUCAUCACCAAGAGCCAAGAACACGCAGCCAGCCAGCCUGCUGCCACCAACCAGGCGCCUGUUCCUAGCACGGCCAACGUCCCCGCGCCUGCUUCCUCGGGCCCAGCGCCUGCUCCUGGCACGGCCAACGUCCCCGCGCCGGCUCCAACCACCACAGAGACUGGCGGUGGCGGUGGCGACGCGGGAGCUCCUGCUGCUGGCGCUUCUUGUACUACCGGGAUGUGGAAUUGUAUUGGCGGAACCUCAUUCCAGCGGUGUGCCGGCGGCAAGUGGUCUGCUGUCCAGGCAAUGGCAGCUGGAACCAAGUGCUCUCCAGGACAGGCACCCGACUUGAAGAUAGAUGCCGUUCAAGCCAACAAGCGCAGUCCUCGCCGCAGCAGGCGCUUCUCCGCGUAA